AUGGGUACUCAAAGUGGUAAUUUGAGUCAGACUAGUAGCUCAAGCCCUUCGAUUAGUUCUGGCAUACAUAUGACGGGUACUGCAGCUUUGGAUCAUUCCCCUUUAGGACAACCACCACCUUUAGGACAAACAGUCCCACCUUUAGGACAAACUUCAGGUUCAGCUGCUGAAUCUGAUCCUACCAACUCCCAAUCCCAGGGAGCAGCUACUGCUGGGCAGAAAAGAAAAGAUCCUGCAAACAAAAGCCCUCUUUGGGCACAUUUUACUAGAUGUAAAUUCCCGAACUCAGACCUAAUAGAUAGUUGUUGGUGUACUUGCAAUUCUUGCAAUGAGAGAGUGUUAUGUGAUACUAAAAAGAAUGGCACAAGCUCGAUGUGGGCACAUACUAGGAAAUGUGCUACUCAUCCAUUACAUGCAGAACCUGAUCCUAAGCAGGCUAAGUUGAAUAGAGAUAAUGUGAGUGGAGGAGCCUCAUACCAUAAGUAUAACAAAAAGAGGUGUGAUGAUAGGUGUAUCGAUAUGAUUAUCAAGGAUGAGCUCCCUUUUAGGCACGUGGAGAAGGAGGGAUUCAAAGCUUUCUGCAAAGAGUUAGAACCUCAAUGGCCUGGAAUGGACAGAAAGCAGGCUGCCAAGGGUGUGCUAGAUAAGUACAAUUUUGAGAAGGCUGUUUUGUUGAGUCAAUUGAAGGAAAAUGAAACUCGGAUCUCAAUUACUACCGACACCUGGACAUCGAUCCAGAAUAUAAACUACCUGGUACUAACAGCCCACUUCAUGGAUAGUGACUGGAAAUUGCACAAAAGGAUCAUCAACUUUUGUACAAUUACUAGUCACAAAGGAGAGGAGAUUGGAAGGGUAGUAGAGCAGUGUUUGAGGCAAUGGGAGAUCACCAAAGUGUUUACAAUCACAGUAGACAAUGCUAGUGCUAAUGACUUAGCUGUGGCAUACAUGAAGAGAAGGUUGACCAGUUACAAGACUUUGAUGUUUGAGGGAGAGUUUUUACAUUUAAGAUGUGCAUGCCACAUUAUAAAUUUGAUAGUUAAGGAUGGUCUGAAGGAGUUACAAGAUGGGAUUGCUGCUAUAUGGAACUGUGCCAAGUAUGUUAGGAGUUCAUCAAGUCGUCUUGACAAGUUCAGGGAGUUUGCUGUUCUGGAACAGUGCAGGGCAAAUGCCAAUGUUCCAUUAGAUGUAAUCACAAGAUGGAACAGCACAUACCUCAUGCUUGAAGCUGCACUUAAGUAUGAAGCUGUGUUUGGCAGAAUGGGUGAAGAAGACUGCAAUUUUAAAGCUUAUUUCGACGAAAGGGACAGAAAUGGCAAACCCAGGGUUGGACCACCAUCUAGUGAGGAUUGGAGGAAUGCAGAAGCAUUUUGUUUGUUUUUGAAGAAGUUUUAUGAAGCUACUGUGAAGCUGAGCGCUUGGAAGAAGAUCACUGCAAAUAUAUUGUUUGUUGAAAUGGUUACAUUGCAAACUGAGAUUGACAAGGCUAUCAUUGCAGAAGACCCUAUUUUGAAGAGGGUUGCCACUUCAAUGAAGACCAAGUUCAACAAAUAUUGGGGAAGCUUCGAAUCGGUGAACAAGAUAAUCAUGAUAGCUAAUGUUCUUGACCCAAGAUACAAGCUGCAGUGGGCUAAAGUAGCAAUGCAAAAAGUCAAUGCAAGCUACGAGACAAUUCAUUCAAUACAAGGGGACUUAAAGAAAAUUUUGCUGAAGAUGUAUGAUGAAUACAAGGCCAAUGAAGGCAGCAACGAAGCUGAACCGUACAUGGGAGAAGAUCUAGGAUUCGAAGGGGAUGACUUGGAGAAUCUUGAUGAAGUCAGCAAGCAAAUAGCAAGAGAGAGGAUGGCAGAGCAGUCAUAA